AUGAAUAUUGAUUCUGCUAUUUCUCAGUUAAAUGGACUUGUUUCUUAUUUCCAAAAGUUCAGAGAUACAGGUUUUGAGAGAGCAAAAUCUGAAGCUAUACUAUUAGCUGAGUCUAUGGACAUUGAAGCUGUAUUCCAAGAAAACUUUAGAAUUUCUUACUUCAUUCAACUCAUGGACCAAGCUUUAUAUUCUCUUCGUCAAGCAAGGUUUGAACAAUUUCAGAAGUAUGGUUGCCUCUACAGAAAGGAGCUUUUCAAAGUUGAAAUUGAUAAAGUCGUUCCUCCGAUCAACUAUGUCACAAGAUAUGUUGAAUGA